UGAUAACCACAAAAAAAUGUUGCCUAAUUCCCAAAAUAACCAGAAGACGGAAAUAAAUAAUGGUGGCAUUUGCGAUUUCGAUAUCAUUUUAACAGAAAGCCAUGGAUCCUGGGCACAUAAUGGUACUUAUUGUGGUAAUUGGAAUCGGUAUAGUAUUAUUCAUUGUUGCAUGUCUUUGUUGUCUGAAGUUGUGCGACAGCUUAUUUACUUGUUGCUCUUACUUAAACGGUAGAUGUAGAUCAAAAAGAUAUAAAAGAACAAAAAACAGAAAGGAAAUUCGUUAUUCGGGCUUCAACAGACUAUUGUUACAACAUCAUUCGACUGAGACGCAAAAAAGUUAUCAAAGGUACCAGGAUUAUAAAAAGUUAGCCCCAAUCUACGCAAAGCCGUCUACAAAAAAACUGACUCGAACAGAAUCUACUUGCGUUAUCUGUUUGGAGCCUAAGGUAGAGGCAGACAUUAUAGCACUUAGGUGUGCCCAAGUACACAUUCCAUGGACCGUGCAAUAGAAAUCUGUAAACAACAAACAGGAGUGUCCAGUGUGUAGGACACCGCUUUAUACAUCAUGCAAUGAAAACGAAGUAUAGAACUAUAGAAUAAAAACGAAACAGAGAUACCACAAUACCUUUCAAAUUAGAAACAUGAAGGGCGAAGACAGAGCUAGACGAAUGAAUACAACACAUACUUAAUCAUCUAUUGUAGUCUAAAAGAUGGCUACAUGUAACAUAUUCGUUUAAAUGAAAAUGAACGAUGUUCAAACUAUCAGCGAAAAGAAAAGAAACAAUAAAGGAUACUUGAUACAAGUACAGCAAGAAUACAUUAGAGAACAUCUUUUAAAAUAUUACCGUAGACGUAUUCUAUGUAAUUAGCAUAUGUUUGACCACAAUUCAGCUGUGUGGACGAGAUAACAUAAGCAAAACAAUCAAAGAAAACUUAAUA